GAGGUUCCGCAAUAUUUUGUAGAUGUAUUCCCCAAAUUUCUAUGCCAAAAUUUGAUCCGUCUCUUCAAAUUCCUCUUGGUGUUUGGUAAAAUGUACCUCAACUUUUCUUUUGUUUCUUUUCAUAACAUAUAGGUUUGUGUGUAUAUUUCUAAAGCCAGAUUUUUUAUUUUUAUUUUUUGAUAGCAGCAGGGUGUAACAGAAAAGUGUUUGACGAGGUUAUCUUGACCGCAGAUAUUCGUACAUCUCUUCGUUGGACUCAAUUAUUUUAAAGGAAAUGAGCAAAAAGCAUGAAGAAUCAAACUUUGUUUUUGAGAUCGUUUAAGUGGAAGAUACUCAAAGAAUGGCGUGAAACUUUUGUGGUGCAAUUCGUUCCUUCAAAUCUUAUUAUAAACUGGAAAUUGAUGCCAUUAUUUAGCUUCCCCCGAUGUCAAGUAUACUUUCCUUCAAAACUAUAUUUGAGGGUGUAAGAGAAAAGAGUUGGACGAGAGGUUAUCUAGUGGACUGAACAAAGUCCUACAUCUAGCUUCUAUUUGGUCUCAAUUAUUUCAAAGUAAAAUGUCAAUUCGAACUAACAAAAUGAAAGCCGUAACUGUGUUGAUGAAGCAGUUGACGACAGCAAGGGGGAAAUUCCAUGAAAAGGGAAGAGAUGAAUCAUUUGAUGGGGAGUUGGAGAAGUUGCGGUUGGUUCUGAAGAAGAUAAAGGAUGUGUUUAUGGAAGUGAAGAAAAAAGAAGAAAAACUGCUUGACACAUUAGCAGAGGUGUAUGACCAUCUUCGCAGGUUAAACCGCAGGAAGCUGCAUGAAGACAUGCAUAGCAUUUGCGAGAGUAUCAGAGAUUCUGCUCUCAUGUUGCUCCCAACGCUUGUUUUUGAUGACUCAUCACAAGGGUGGCGAAAUAUCUCACUCAUCGGAAGACUUGGUGCAGUCCCAUCAGAAUAUUUGGACUCUCGAAGAUUAUCACCGGUUACACGAUCCAUCGAGAUCUUGUUUUUUGUCUCUCCUAAUUUUUCCUGAGAACGCUGUGAUAAGGAAAAGAAACGCAAUUAGUUUGUAGAUUGCAGAGGGUUUGAUUGGAAAUACAGAGAACAAAACGGCAGAGGAAAUGGGUGAGGAUGUUAUUCAUGAUUUUUUGAAAUGUAGUAUGAUUGUACGCUAUGGUAAUGGAAAGAGUCCCCUUGUCAAGAAAUUUCAAAUUCUUCCUGUCGUUCGUCUUCAGAUGCUGUUAUAUUUAGAUGCAGAUUUAGAUUAUAUCAGACCACAUCGGUUACAGCUUGAUAGAAAAAAAGUUACAGUAGGUGGAGUUGAUACAAAAAAUGUGAUUUUACGUAGUGUUCUUAAUAUUGGUGCAAGUUAUCUGAAUUUUAGACCACAAUGGGUCACUGAAUUGAGGAAUUUAGAGGUACUUCAACUUGGGCGUUGGCAAGAUUCAGCUUUGCAUCACAUUGAAGUUGGGAGUGAAGAAUUCUUGAAAGAUUUGAGAACUCUGAAGCAGUUGAAAUAUGUGAGUCUCCGUGGGAUAUCAAGAAUAUUGGAGCUUCCAUCCUCCAUUGCUGAACUUGAGAGCCUACUAAUUCUUGAUCUAAAAGCAUGCCAUAAUUUGGAAAGACUACCUCAUGAUAUUUCAUCAAUGAGAAGUCUGACACAUCUGAUUAUGUCUGAUUGUUGCUUACUGGAGGGCAUGCCAAAGGGGAUCGAGAAGCUCAGUAAUCUGGAAGUACUGAAGGGAUUUUUAAUAAGUACUUAUGAAAAGACUCCUUGCAGAAUAUCAGACCUUGUGAAUUUGAGAAAACUGAGGCGACUCAGCAUACAUAUAGGAAGUGAGGCUGAGAUCAGGGAUGAGGAGUUUGAAGGUUUGGAAGAUUUUUCAGCACUGAAGCAUCUGAAGAUAUCUUGGAGUGUGUCUGACCGAAAGUAUGCUAAGAUUAAUUUCGUUUUACCACCAAGUUUGAGAAAGUUACAUCUUGAAUGUUUUCCUGGAAAGUCUUUGGAAGAAUGUUUUAUGCCAAGCGUUCAUGGUAGGUUCAGGUUCAUAUUGACCGAGCUAAAUAUAACUGGAGGAAAACUGGAACAUAUUGUAGAUUUUAAAUGGUGGAGAGUGGAAAUACUGCGUCUGAAGUACCUUAAGCAAUUGAAUGUUGACAUAUACGAUUUGAAAGCAUUGUUUCCUGAGCUGAAAUAUGUAAAAGUUAAACAAGUCUCAAACAUUUCAUACCUUCAACAUGAAUGGGCAGAUUAAUAGGACUUCAUGCUGUAAAAUGUUUUCCAUAUUUAAUUUGUUCUUUGAAUAAUAUUAUGUUAUUUACACUAUGCUGUAUAUCUAGA